GCGAGGACAUUUCGAAUUUGGUGAACAUGACCACGAGCAAGUAUGAAAAGAAAAAAUCCCCCCUCCCCAUAUUGACAACGUACUUUUUCGAAAAUUUGUGUUUCUGAUUUGUGACCACAAAUGGUCUCUGUGUUGCAUGAAGGCAACCCCACAGGCUCCGCCGCUUUCUACAGGCGGUUUGUCAUGCUCUUGCUCCUACAGCGUAGACGUCUGCCACGCUAAGCGCCUAGGCCAAGACCUCUCUACUCAGACUUGAUACGGGUCUGCAGUCCUCUCCAGCAAGACAAACCUGAUUUGUGUACACAAAGAAAUCCAGCAACAGAAGUUUUCACUUCAAUAUGGGGAGGGGGGAUUUUUCCUUUCGAUAGCAAGAUGGGCAUCUACACCGUGUUCUGCGUGCUGCAAUUGGGAUCGCUCUUCUCCUUCCUCUCUGAGGGGAAAAUGCUGUACGCCUAUACGGAGGACCCUAUCCCGCAGAAAAUUCGCACCGCGUGUUUGGUCGUGCGAUUCUGCAUCGAAGUUGUAGAGGCCAAGACACAUGAUGAAAAAAGAAAAGGAUCACGUGGAUUGUUGCCGCAGGAAUAAGUAGAUUAUCUGUCAUGAAUAUACGUACUUACACAGCCUGCUGCUCCUGAUGAACACCUCACAGAACGACGGAAGAUAUUUCAAUGGCUCUAUGCAUCACAGACAUGGCGUGCUCUGCUUUUUUUCUGCGUGAUAGACCAGGAGCACAGCGUGCCGAUCUCGCCCGAGUGGAUCACGCUCCCCUACUCCAUCGCCUGGACCGCCUCCUUCGUGUAUCUGAUGCUGGC